UGAAAGUAAUGAGAAGCUGCUGGACAUGGAGCAACGACACAUUCUCCUCGUUUUCCUCUUCUCAUUCCUCCCAAAAUCAGAGUCUCUCCUAAAUGUGACUGUUCCUCACACCCACCAAGCGACACUGGGAACUAAUACCUCAAUACUUUGCAAAUUCCGUAUAGAUUACCCACCUUUUGAUGCUCAGUACCUUCUUAUAUUCUGGUACCUAAAUGAUAGGGAGAUCUUGAACUACACCAGAAUGUACACCAAAGUGAAGACAUUGAACUCAAGAUUAUCCAUAAACAAGGAUGCUACAAAAUAUGGGUUGGCUUCUCUGGACAUUGCUGAUGUGCGAGUAUCUGAUGAAGGGAAGUAUACGUGUUGUGUGCUUUAUACACCGGAGAGAAGGGAGAGGAAGGUCUACUUCUGGGUUUAUGCUCCGCCCAGGAUCACGGUCACUAAUAAUAUUGUAAUUAAAGAUAAGGAAAGUAUCCUGAGUGCCUCCAUCACUGGCUUCUACCCUGUGGAAAUUGACAUUAUGUGGCUCAGGGACGGGGAGAUAUUGGCUGGUGGAACUGUGCUCACCCCCCAGAGAAAUACAGAUGGUACAUACCGAGUCAACAGCACACUCACCAUUGAACCCACCGAGGAGAACCAGAACCAGAACUUCUCUAUCCGGGUCCAACAUGAGUCUCUCACUGCUUUUCUCCAGGAGGAUUUCCAGCUGAUCUAUGGAGAUCUGAAAUCUUUAAACAAAACAUCUCGGCUCAUUUUUUCAUCAUCUACUUUUGGUGUGUGGGCAUUAAUAGCAUGGUUACUCCCUUAUUCUAUGUAAUAAUGAAGAACAAGGUCAACCCCCACAUGAUAUGCCUUCUGAUGAUGUGGUUUCCCGGUGUGAUGAUAAUGCAAAAUGGAUUUCCUUUGGACACAUCUACUGCUGAAAUAUACUUGUUAACACCACACUUGGAUCAGAAGUGAAAUGGAGAUAGAGCAACAGUACAAAUAAUAGAACACAAGGCAAUUUUGUCUAUCCUUGUCUAAUCAAAGCCUUAACUCACCUAUUUGAACUUUCCCUCUCAACUGGACUGUUUCCUUCUCGACUAAA